AUGUCCCAGGACAGCCUUCAGUCCUCCAGCCUUCAGUCCUCCAGCCUCUUCGAGUCGGUACUCUCCGAUCCCCGUGACCCUCCCUCGAGCGAUACCGGUACCACCUUGCCCUCCGAGCCUCCACAACGUCCUCAGACAUGGGAUGAUGUCCCUCAAACCUACAAAGUUGGUGAUGGUGCCGUGCAGCUCAUGCCAAGGGUUCGCAGGGAAGGAGACAAUCCCAAGGCCAUCCGUUGGCUCUGCAAAGUUUGCUCCUGUGCGAAGAGACCACCGAGAGUUCCGUACACCCUCCUUGCCUCGAAUCCCGAAAACAUGUACAAGCAUCUCGCAGUUCAGCACAACAUCCUCUCAGAAGACCCUCGACAAGCCAACAGGUUCGAGAAGAAGAAGAAGCCGAUCUCUCGGAAGCGGUCCUCGAUCCAUGCCUAG